UCCCGAUCUCUGCUCAACGUGAGAACUUUGGGUGCAUUCAAUGAAAUCAUGCGUCGACUUCUCUAUGUGCAUGUAUUCCUAUGCUGCCUUUGUAUGGCUAAUCCCUUCUGCCCGUCGCAGUGCACCUGUGUUCUCCAUGGACGUGCUGAUGGAACAGGAUCCAGAUCUGUGGUCUGCAAUGAUCCAGACAUGUCUGAUAUCCCUGUCAACGUCCCCGUGGAUACCGUAAAACUUCGCAUUGAGAAAACUGUUAUACGGCGAAUCCCAACAGAAGCUUUUUACUAUCUGGUGGAACUACGAUAUCUGUGGAUUACUUACAAUUCCGUAUCAUCUGUGGAUACUGCAAGUUUCUACAACCUCAAAGUGCUCCACGAGCUGAGGCUGGAUGGAAAUAUGAUCGCCAUGUUCCCUUGGGAGUCUCUGAAGGAGAUGCCUAGUUUGAGGACACUGGAUCUACACAACAACAGAAUCACUAAUGUUCCGACCGAUGCAAUACCCUAUCUCCUCAAUAUUACCUACUUAGAUCUAUCAAGCAACAAAUUAACUACCCUACCCUCUGAUCUCAUGGAUAUCUGGCCCCCCUUCAAUGGAGUGCCUGUUUCUUAUGCCUCCCAGAAAACUGUGUUAGGCCUACAAGAUAAUCCCUGGUUUUGUGACUGCAAAAUCUCUAAAAUGAUUGAGAUUUCCAAAAUGACUGACACACCAGUGGUUUUGAUGGACCUAUUUCUGACCUGCAGUGGACCAGAGAAUCUGUCUGGUGUCCUUUUUCAGCGUGCUGAACUUGACAAUUGUGUAAAACCAUCAGUCAUGACUUCAGCCACCAAGAUCACAUCUUCUCUGGGCAGUAAUGUUCUUCUGCGAUGUGACGCUACAGGGUUUCCGACACCAAGUCUUUACUGGACUAAGUCAGAUGGCUCCCAAGUCAACAACACAGUCCAGGAAUCACCUGGGGAUGGCAUCCGAUGGUCCAUCAUGAGUUUAUAUGGAAUAUUAUACAAAGAUGCUGGAAACUACAGUUGCAAAGCAAAGAAUUUUGCUGGCAACGCGGAAGCCAAAAUUUCUGUCACAAUUGUUGGUGGCUUUAGUACCACCAUCUCUCCACUGAUUUCAACUGUUGAAACUGGACCAACAAGCCAAGGCACAUUAGCUCCCUCAACGGACAUUCCCAACUCUCCCACCAUCACAUUGACAGAUUUCCCUAAAACAACAGCAACAACAACAACAACAACAAGACUAUCUACUGUCCCUAAGAAGGCAAAAACUACUCCCAGCCCCAUAAUACAGAAAGCCUCACCCAAACAAGGGAAAAUCCAGAAUGGAGGUAAUGGGAGAAAGCUUGCAGCAGAUGAAAAGAGUGAUACUGAUACAUCAGAGUCUGUCAAAGACCUUAAGAUUGUAGAGGAAACAACAGACACUGCAGUUUUACUCUGGACAGCAGAUGGGUUACCAAAUGAUGCCCCACUUACAGUUGUAUAUUCACCCUAUGAUGAAGAUGACAUCAAAGGGACAGUUGAGACUAAUGCUGGCAGUGGGAAAGUGCUCCUUGAGGGGCUGUCACCUGGAAUUAGGUACACAGUUUGCCUUGUAACCAAAGGUAGUGCCGCUGGAAAAGACCCUUGCAUUGAAUUCUACACACUGGACAAUGUAGAAGAUGAUGGGCAGAACCAGCUCUUCAUUAUCAUAAGCGGCAUUGCUUGUGUUUUGGUUUUGCCUCUUAUUGCUCUGUUGCUCUACAAGAUCCUCGCUCUAUACUGCAAGGGACCCAACACGGGUUUAGAUGAAGAGGAGCUUGAAAAAGAGAGCUAUGUCAAGUUUGAGACAAUUUCAAUGAAACAAAGGACCUUGAACUCGCAUCCAACUGAACUUUGGACAAGGAGACAGACUCAAGAUUCUGAGCGGAUGCUCCUGUUCUCCAGGGCAAGCAUUGACUCCCAGAUGACCUAUAAGAGUGAAAAUUCUCGGUCUGAGUAUCUUUGCUGAUGCCAGGAGUUAAUGGCAAAUGCUCAAACACCAU